CUGACACCAUCUGUUUCUACAUAGACUCGUUGCUGAUGCACAGGAGACAUUCAGUUGGGCGUUUGUCGAGUUCUUUUUUCAACACGACUCUAAUGAUUUUGUUAGAUUCCGCGUCCUCUGCUGCCCACAUGUGGGAACGAGCUGGAGUGAUUUCCAUCUCUACAGCUUGAUGACUGAACAUGGGCUGUUGGCUGUUGGAUGAGAAGACCUUCACUCGCUGCUGUCGGCUCCUGCUGCAGAAGUCAGAGCAGCUUAGGGAUGGCUGGAGCUGGGAGCCAGUCCAGGGGACCGAGGAGGGCUAUUUACGGAAAACUACACUGAAGCCAUCCGUCUUAUGUUCCUGCUCUGACCUCAGAAAAUCUGGUUCUGAUCCGGAACUACAUGACCAAGUGUCUUUGGAUGCUGCUUGCGUCCCAGGCAUCACUGGAAUUGAUGAUGAGGACGAUGAAGAUGGUUCUGCAUGUAGAGCCCCUGGCUGCAGUCAGGUUCUUCAAUACGAGUAUCAUGUUCUCUACUCCUGCAGCUAUGGGACACCUGUACUUUACUUCAGAACUUCUACCCUAGAGGGGAGGAGUCUGUCUUUGGAGGAGGUGUGUAACUCUGUCCAUCCCAGCUUCCGAACAAGACUCCAACUCAGUCCUUUGAACACUAUUACCCAACAGGAGCACCCAGUGCUGGGCCAACCUUUCUUCAUGCUGCAUCCAUGUAGGACAGAGGAAUUCAUGAAACCCAUUGUAAUGGAAGCGCACAACCAGAAAAGAUCUAUGAACUACGUCGUGACCUGGCUCAGCGUGGUCGGUCCACUCGUGGGAUUGGAUGUUCCUCUCAAGUACUGCAGUAUCCCUUGACUACAAUCACAAACACAACACAAUUCCUGAAUUAUGACUCCGACAUAAGUUUUGUAUGGUGCUUGUGCAAAAUGAAGCGUGUAAUUGUCUUGAGAGGAAAUUGAAAUAAACUAUUUAUUAAG